AUGCUUUCAGCCAUCGCCCAAGCCCAACUAGGCGACGACGUCUACGGCGAAGACCUCACCACCAACUCCCUAGAGGAAUACAUGGCGCACCGAACAGGCCACGAAAGCAGCCUCUUCGUCAUGUCCGGCACAAUGGGCAACCAGAUCGCCAUCCGGACGCAUCUCGUCCAGCCGCCCUUCAGCGUCAUCUGCGACCACCGCUCGCACAUCAUCCGCUCCGAAGCCGGCGGCGUCAGCCUCUGGACCGGCGCAACCGUGUACCCCGUCAUCCCCAAGAACGGGCUCUAUCUCACCCUGGAAGAUGUAAAAGCACACGCCAUCCCAGGUGCGAACAUGACGUACGGGUUCUCGAGGACCGAGAAAGAAGGACGUCUCACCGAGCCCAAUGCGGGUAAGGUGAAUAUCCACCAUUGUCCUACGCGACUGAUCAGUCUCGAGAAUACGUUGGGAGGGGUUGUGAUGCCCCUCUCUGAGACGAAAAGAAUCGUAGAAUGGGCGCAUGAUAAUAACAUCAAGGUGCACCUUGACGGCGCGCGAAUCUGGGAAGUCGUCGUUUCAGGCGCGGGAAGUCUGUCUGAUUUCUGCAGUCUAUUCGACAGCGUCAGUUUGUGUUUCUCGAAGGGUCUGGGCGCGCCGAUCGGGAGUAUCGUCGUUGGAUCGGAACGAUUCAUUCAGCAGGCGAGGUGGUUCCGCAAGUCCAUCGGUGGAGGGACGAGACAGCUAGGCGUUCUCUCUGCCGCAGCUCGCGUGGCUGUUGACGAGGUCUUCGGGACGGGCCCGAAUGGCGAAGGGGGGAAGCUUAGGAACACUCACCACCUAGCCAAGAAGGUUGCUGAUAUGUGGAUUCAGCGGGGAGGGAGUCUCCAGUUCCCUGUGCAGACGAACAUGGUGUGGUUGGAUCUGUUGAAGGCAGGGCUAGGGCCUAACGAUGUCUCGACGAUUGCGGCGGAGCAUGGUGUUAAGCUUUCGGGGAAUCGAAUUGUGAUUCACCAUCAAAUAUCGAACGAGGCGAUCGACCGGCUUGAGGUGGUGUUUGAUAUUGCAUUGAGUGGGAACUUUGAACGGAGCAAGGAUCUCGGCAAAGCAUACGGGUCUAUGUAG